UAGACAUUGCUUCAUGCACGCAAUAAUACUAUCUGCUGCAUGUACUUUUCUUUCCCUCAAAGAGAUUAUACAGUUGCCUAUACAUUUUGUAUUGGUAUUCUGCUGUCUUCUUGUCUCAACUAUCUGUUGAUGGUUUUUGGGUCUCUAUAAAUGUUGAUUAAUAAGAGGAAAUUGUAUAUAUUACAUUUCUAGUCCUUGUAAAUGGAUAAGUUGGAAUUGGCAGAACAAAUUGCAGUUGUAUCCGGUUGUUUGUAUUUGUCAUGGAGGAUAAUUAAAUAUGUUUGGAGCUUCUUGGAGGUGGAGGAGGAUCCUGUUACAGUCCUUGUCACCGGUGCUGCAGGCCAAAUUGGGUAUGCUCUUGUUCCCAUGAUUGCUAGAGGGGAAAUGUUGGGUCCUAAUCGGCCUGUCAUUCUACAUUUGCUUGACAUUGAACCUGCUGCUGAGGCCUUAAAUGGAGUUAAAAUGGAAUUGAUUGAUGCGGCUUUUCCUCUUUUAAAAGGUGUUGUUGCUACAACGAAUGUCGUUGAAGCUUGUACAGACGUUGACAUCGCAAUUAUGGUAGGUGGAUUCCCGCGCAAAGAUGGAAUGGAGAGGAAGGAUGUGAUGUCAAAAAAUGUGUCCAUAUACAAGGCUCAAGCUUCAGCCUUAGAGCAACAUGCUUCAUCAAAUUGCAAGGUGCUACUGGUGGCUAAUCCAGCUAACACUAAUGCCCUGAUCUUGAAAGAAUUUGCUCCAUCAAUCCCUGAAGAUAACAUCACUUCCCUUACAAGACUUGAUCACAAUCGAGCUUUAGGCCAGAUUUCAGAGAAACUAAAUGUUCAUGUUAGUGAUGUUAAAAAUGUAAUCAUAUGGGGAAAUCACUCUUCAACUCAGUAUCCAGAUGUGAAUCAUGCAACUGUAUCCACAGACAAAGGAACAAAAUAUGUGCGAGAACUUGUCAACAAUGAUCACUGGCUGAACACAGAGUUCAUCACAACGGUUCAGCAGCGUGGUGCAGCCAUCAUUAAAGCCCGAAAGCUUUCCAGUGCAUUAUCUGCUGCAAGUGCUGCCUGUGAUCAUAUACGUGAUUGGGUUCUUGGCACUCCCAAGGGAACAUGGGUGUCAAUGGGAGUGUAUUCUGAUGGAUCUUAUGGCGUUCCGCCUGGACUUAUCUACUCUUUCCCGGUGACUUGUGAAAAGGGGGAAUGGUCAAUUGUACAAGGGCUCAAAAUCGAUGAGUUUUCGAGGGCUAAGAUGGAUGCAACAGCUGAAGAGCUUAUUGAGGAGAAGGCAUUAGCUUAUUCAUGCCUUCAUUAACACUUCUUCUGAAUUUUCUGGGAGAUACACUAAAACAUCAGCAGAGUUGUGCCUUGUUUAGUAAAAUUGUAUUGGGAGGACUUCAGACGACAGUUUUGAGUUUCCUAUACUCAAAUGACAAAUAAAAUACUUGGAGCACUCAUUUUAGUAUAUUUUACGGUUUACUUAUCCCUCAACUCUUUUGAUGGACGGGUAUUUCGUGAAGUUUACCAACUUAUGUUUGUGUUUGAUUGGAAUAAAUGAAAAUUAGUGAUUCAAAUAAAA